UGUACACAUAUAAUUCAAAGUAACCUUAAUUUGCCUCAAACUUUCUCAAUCUGAUCAGCCAGAGCCAUGGUUACCCCGAACCAAUCCAAGCCUAAGGUCCCCAACAACAAAACCAAGACAACCAAAGGCCGGCAGAAGGUUGAAAUCAAGAAGGUUGAGAAGAAAAGCAACCUCCAAGUCACCUUCUCGAAGCGCCGCCAAGGCCUAUUCAAGAAAGCUAGUGAGCUCUGCGUACUGUGCGGUGCUAAGGUCGGUAUCAUCGUCUUCUCUCCAAAGGACAAGCCAUUCUGUUUCGGCCACCCGGACAUAGAGACCGUCGUGGACCAAUAUCUUAUGGAACACCAAAACCCUAGUUUUGAUUUAUAUGGUGAUGUCUACCGGUGCCAGGAAUUGCUUCAACUGAAUAAGGAGUAUGAGUCGCUGGUGAUGGAGCUGGAGCGGGAGAAGAUGAUUGCGAAGGCAAUUGAGGAAGGGAAGAUCAGGUUUGAUGAGUUUUGGUGGGAUAGGGAUAUUAAUAGCAUGGGGAUGGAGGAGCUUGAGGAGUACGUGAACACCAUGGAAGAGAUGAAGAAUAAGUUGGACGUGAGGGCCGAUGACCUAAUGACGAAGGAGGUUGCGGCCUCCACAAGCACGGCGGCGGAGGCAGCCGCGGCUGAAACUGUUGAGGUUGGAGAUAGUGAUUUCACCAUUGAUGCUACUGAUCUAGGUUUAUAGGUUCUUAUGAAGGUGCGCAGUUUCUGAAUUUCUGAGAUGGAAGGAUGUUGCUGAAUUUUAAUUUUUUUGGGUUAAUUUUUAAUUAACUACUGCAAUUAUAUUAGUAAAGUGGAAUAAAUUUUUCUUUUUCUU